AUGUCAUCAUUCCUGAGAGACGAGACGUGCAGUGCUUGCUCCGGUGCCGUCAAGUACUCAAGCGCCUGUUCCUGCUGGGGCUUCACCCAAUCCACAUACACCAUUCCCCAGUCGACCACCACGACAACCGUGACUUUGACUAACACCGCCUCGCUCACGGCCACUGAUUAUAAUACGGCUGAGAUUACCCAGACCGUCCCAACUCAGGUGACUGUGACCACUACCGUCACUUCAACGGUCCACGCUACUGCCUCACAGACUCUGACUGGCAUCAUCCGAGUCAACAAGAUCUCUGACAACUCCGUGCUCGGUUACAUUGGCAAGACGUUCGUUAACACGGCUUACGCCAAGUAUGAUGUCCAGUCAAAUGCCCUGACUGUCCAGGUGGUUGUGGCCCCAGGCUCCACGUCUGUGUCCCAGGCCGAGAUCAUCAUGACCAACGCGGCAAAUGCCGGUUCCUACCCUUUCCUAGGCCUCGUGCAAGGUCGCGACGACACUACCUCGGAUCUAGAAACAGGCUCGUUUCAAUAUGUCUACAUCACAGGCACUGGCCAUACCGAGGCUGGCAGCGUACCGCAGGUUCCUGGCAAUUCCUACACCACUUACACUGGCACAAGCCGCACUAGCGAGUCCUCCAUCUGGGAUAUCGACUUCACCACGGGUGCUCUUACCCCUGCAUGGGUGAACCCAAGCGGAAGUCCAGCCCCGACCUUCCAGGCCUGGAUUCAGGGUCAGGUUUUGUAUGCUGGGUCCAGCCCGAGCCAAUUUUACCUCCGCUACCCAUCCACAGUCUAUCCCGUCAGCUUCACGUUUAUCAGCAUUUAG